GAGAAACGGUAAUGCCAACAUUACGUAGUAAUCCUCCAUUUUGGGGCAGCUGAUGUUUUUGUGAGAUAGAAUAAAUUUACAAAUUUUGUAAAUAAAAUCUCAAAAUGGGUUAUUCUCUUAUCCCCAUUCUUUUAUUUUCUGCGCUUUGGUUUGUGGUUGGUGUCGUGUGCCCCUUCUUUGCUCCUAAGGGUCCCAACCGAGGGAUCAUCCAAGUGGUGUUAAUGCUCACAGCUGCUUCAUGCUGGUUGUUCUGGCUGUGUGCUUAUAUGGCGCAGAUGAAUCCGCUAAUCGGACCCAGACUCAACAACGAAACGCUCAUCUGGAUUUCUCGCACUUGGGGCAACCCUAUGAACAAAUCCGUGUGAAUGACCUCAGGGCUGUCACCAUCAUCGUUUUAAGUUAUUUAUUGCGAGUUCCACUAUUGCUUUUAAAGUUUCCAAUCAAUAUCUUUUAAGUAAUCGAUACUAGUAACAAAAAAAAUAACGAACUGACACAAAGAACUUCAGAGAACUUCUUCAGAAAAAUACAAAAUGUCUGCUGCUUUGUAAUAUAAAUCGUACAUUAUAUAACAGAAACUUUUUAAAUAACGUUUAACUAUUAAAAUAUAAAAGUUAGU